CGUGACAAUACAAACAAAUUCGAGCGAAGCGGAAGCUUGGCCAUUUUGAUUUUUGAAACUUUCUCUUUUAAAUCUGUUGCUUUAAAACUUUGGCGAUGUGCGAUUAUAUUCGAGUCGCUGAGGACGAACACGUUCCCGAGGAUGUUAUAGAACUGCCCAGCGAUGAAGAUGGAACAAUUUUACUGUCUACAAUACAAGCACAAUUUCCAGGUAGCACGGGUUUAAGAUUCAGGAACGAAGAGACUCAAACAUGGCGAGGUGUCAGGCUUGCAGAUGGUGUAUUAUAUCCGCCUGUGAGCGGCUGGGGAAAUGUUCUUUAUAUUGUUGUUUCGAAUAAACCUGGUAAGUGCUGUUUAUUUAAUGAAUAUAGUAUUUCUUCAGCAAGUUAUGUAGUUUAAUUAAUAUGUUACAGAUAUAAACGUUUUAAAAAAAAGUUCCAUUUCAUAUAAAUAUACCAACAUCUGGGCCAUUCCAUUUAAUAUCCACACACCCCUGUUGACUAGUUUUUCCGAAGGGGUCUGAAAUUCUGAAUUUCUGAGGGGGUGCCAAGUUGAAAUUUCCGAGGGGGGUUGUGAAAGGAAAAUUUCUAAAGGGGUCAACAUUUUUUUGUAAUUUUCGAAGGGGUUAAAAUUUUUUUAAAAAUUUCCGAGGGGGGAAGGAGGAAGGUAUACCUGUUGACAAAACUUUCUGAGGGGAUGGUCAAUAAAUUCCCGAACAUUUCUGAGGGGGUCUAUCAUAGUGGAACCACGUCAACAGUUAUUUCCGAGGGGCUUGAGAAAAAUUGUAAAUUUCUGAGGGGGUUCUACAAAAAAUAGCGAAUUUUCGAGGGUGUCUUCCGGAAAACCGUUUCUGAAGGGGUCUAAAAUCAGGAACCUCGUCAACAGGGGGUGUGGAUAUUAAAUGGAAUGGCCCUCUGCCAAUUGCCCUGAUAUUGCUUUUAUAAAAAUACCGUCUUAAGGAAGCAGAGUUGCACGUAUGUGAUUGUCAUUCUCCUUGAUGAGUAAAAUCGUCAGGUGUUAGACAGAGAGUAGGAAUAGAUGGUCUUGAACUGUCUGUGCCAGUGUUAGGCCAAAAAAAAAAAUAUGUGGGUUUCCGGUUUCUUCUUAUAAAAACUUAGGUAGGGUAGGUCGGUUUUAACUUCUUUUUUUUAAACUAUUUUUUUAAUUUUCCGAACAAGCGGACGCCAUUUUGUUUAGUCAGUGCUUCCACAUCCAAAAAUAAAUUUCCCUAAUAUUGCCUCAAAUUUAAAUUUUCCACAAACUUUUUCCUCUAAGUGGAAGCACUUACAACCAUGAUCCAAUAAAAAAGUUUAGGGUCGGGAUUUCGACGUCCAAAAGCUAGGUAGGGUCGGGAAACCGGAAACCCACAUUUUUUUUUUUUGGCCUUAUAGGUAGUGCCAAUAGUAUUAACAAACUUUUGUUGGUAGGGAUGCAACUACCUGAAAAAUAUAAGGAGAAUUUCAACGUUUCGAGCAAAGGUCCUCCAGACGAAGGGCCGUCGCUCGAAAUGUUGAAAUUCUCCUUAUAUUUUUCAGGUAGUUGCAUCCCUAACAACAAAAGCUUGUUACAGGCAAACUACGCCAAGCGUUCCUCUUUUGAGUUUCUAAAUUGAUUGUCAAUUUUCCUCAUUACCUUUGCAAUUUAAAAAAAACUUUCUUGCAAAUCCCUUGAGGGAAUUUGCUAAAAGCCUAUUAAAUUUUCUCAGCCCCUGUUAGAAGUUUUUAACCCAUUAAGCUGCAAAGCUUACCCAUUGACGAGUAAAAUUGUCUGGCGUUAGACAAGUAAAAAAAAUAAGUAGGGUGCAUUGCGUGGCUCAAUGGGUUAACUUCCUGUUACACGUUCCUAACUUCUUGUUGUGUUCUGCGCGUUGCAAUUGGCUAACAAAAAUAAUCCACCAAUGACAACGCUCAGAACAGAACAGGAAGUUAGGAAAUUAAAACAUGAAGUUAGGAAAAUUUAAAAUUAGGUUUGUUUGCAUUGGAAUAUUGCAACAGCCGAUAGGAACAUUGCAUAUUCCCUCAAGGUAUUUGCAAAGCUAAUGAGGAAAAUUCCAAAUUAGUUAGGAAGUCAAAAGAGGAACGCUUCACAUAGCUUACAGUUCCUGUAAUAGGAGUAGAUAGGUCACAUUAGGGUGCAAUGCAGCUUAAUUUUUUAUAACUUGACACAUAGACACUAAGAUAGUUUGAUUAUAAACCAAUUGAGUGUUAGCACUCUUCCCUUGACAAGUAAAAUUGUCUGCCAUUAGAAAGAGUAAAAUAAUAAAGUAAGGUGCAUAAUUUAUGGUGUAAGCUUAACUAGACACGUAGUCGGAUAGUCUGGUUAAUCCAUUGAGUACCAGCACUCUCCCCUUGGUGAGUAAAAUUGCCUGGUGUUAGACAGAAUAAAAGUUGGUUGCACAUUUGGGCACAUGCAGCUUAAUUGGUUAAGCUUUUAAUGUUUUAUCUGUAAAUGUUCCCCAUGAUGGUAAAUAUGUGUCAGUAAAUCCUUUGUGUUAAACCUUUAGUGGACAGUUCAUCAAAAAGAAAGUAUGAGGAAUCACCAACUGGGCGAGAACCACAUACAAAAAUAAUGAAGAACUAUCAGAUGGAAACAGACGAGGAAUUACUAAGUGAUAUGAUCAUAUUAGGUCUCUCUUGGAAAGCUAAGGAUGAAGAUGUCCAUGAUUAUUUUUCACGUUUUGGAGAGUUAGACUACUAUGAAGUAAGCAAUAGUUCAUUUGCAUGGCAACCUUUUUGAUUAUUUACGAUUAACAUGUGGAUACGAUUAAAAUCACUUUACAUCAUUCAUUAAGUAUUACUUUCACCUAAUUCUAUACUUAGCCUAGACUAAGACUAUCUAUUUUUACAACACUUGUGAUACUACUUUCUUAACUGUGCUUAUCCCAACCCACCCUGUCAACUUUCCCUGUGGAUGGAAAUUGGAACACCUGGAGAAAACCUACGACUUUAGGCGGAGCGUUGACCGACUCUUUUCACAUGAGUCCACAGCGAGAAUUGAACACACAAACUCAGGUGAACGGCGCUUGCUCUGAUGACCAAGCCACUGAGCCCCCCUUUAUGUAACAAAAUAGCAGUAGCACGUACAGUUAGAAUCUGGUAAUCAGAAUGUUUCAUUGUCUUUGCAGUGUUUUACAAAAAUAGAAUUGUUACCCAAAGCAUUCAGUCACUCAUCCCUUUGACUUUAUAUACUAACACUUCUGCAAAAGUCUAUUGUGAGUAAAAAGCAUGCAAUCACUAUAAUUAAAUAAUAUUCAUUUAUGUAGGUUAAACGUAACAUACAAACUGGCCAGUCCCGAGGAUUUGCUUUCAUUCGUUUCAAAGACUCUGAAGUAGCAAAAACAGUGUUAUCUCGUAGUCAUACUAUUCUGGAUCGAAGAGUUGACAUCCGAUUGUCAAAGGGAAAGGUUAGUAUACAAAUAAUGAAUGUUUAUGAGUGCAAUGGUAAAAAUAUUUUCAUGAGGUGAAAGAUGGAAUUUUUCACUCCAUGAGUCGACAACAAAUGUUUCAGUGAAGAGUUAAUAUGAUAAUGGCAGUCAUUUAUUGUAAAAAAUUAUCGUAAAAAUAUGGUAUUUUUAAUUCCAAAUAGUAAUUGUAUAAUAGUAAUUUAAUAGGAAUUUAGUGAAUGAUUGAAUUUAAUUAAACCCUAGCAAAAUGGGAAUUUUAAUUUCAUAUUACAUGGUCAUAUUCAGCCAAUUAAAUGACCAUGAUAAAGGCUCAUCAGAAUUGUUGUCUAUGUUAAUUAACAUUAAAAUGUUACUUUCUUUUGCCAGGAUGAUUCACCAAGAAAGAUAUUCAUUGGUAGACUACCGAGCAAUUGCACGUCGUCAGAUGUCCGAAAUUAUUUUGAAAAAUAUGGUACAUUAUCAGAUGUGUAUUUACCCCAACCUUAUCGGCAAUUUGGUUUUGUUACAUUUGCAUCGUGCGAAGCAGCCCGCAAUGUACUUUCUCGUGUGCAUAUGAUAAAUGGGGCUCGCAUUAACUGUACACCAGCAGAGCCCAAAUCGCAAAGUAAGAGCCGCACGAGUCGUCCACAUGAAAGCCCAGCAACCCCACGUGAAAUGCGAGGAUUUUGGGCUGGAAACAUGGUACCAUAUGGUAGCUUUCCUGAUCGAAGUGGAUCGAGUUCUUUAGCCAAUCAGAUGAACGCGAUGUGGAAUAUGGCGGCACUGGCCCAAGGGAUGGCAGCUGGUAUGGCUGGGGGUAUGGGAGGUAGUAUGGGAUCUCCUAUGAACAUGAGUGGUAUGAGUAGUCCAGGUGGUGGGAUACCUUCAUCACAUAUGGUUAGCAGCAUGAAUGGUGGGAAUGGGAUGGGAAUUAGCCAUACAGGAUCCAGUGGGAUGGAUGGAGGAAGUAGUGAAAGGUGGUAGUGGAAGUAUAGUGAAAGGCGUAUGCAAUGUGAACAUGUGAUGCAGCAAAAAGUUGAGCCUAUUAGAGGGAACAAAAAGACGAGAGGGAACAAAGGUGGACAGUAUUUUUUAAUGUGGUCUUCAAUGUUGUAUGUUGUACAGUAAAGUAAAGAAAGUAGAUAACAGUUGAAAGAGAUUGUUUUUGAGUUUUCAUUUUUGGCUCCAUCUCUCAGUAAAAUAUUAAUCUUAAAAAGAAUGUAUAGUAAAUGAAUGUAUAGUAAGUGAAUGUAAAGUUAGAUGUGUUAUAGAUAGCAGGGCCCCAUUAUAUCGACAGUGUUAAUUAGUUUUUGUUUGAAAACCGAAUGGUUUUAGUAAUUACAAAAAAGUUGCAUAAUGCAUUAAUGACGUUUGACUGAAAUGAAGCAGGCUGAAAAGAUAGGGUGUUGUGAGUACGUGGUGUGUGUAAGCUGAAACAUGGAUGAAAAACAGUGCAUUGUACCUAGUUUUCUUGGAAAGGGAAGCUUUUAUGAAUGUAGGCAAGUGAAUGUAGAAGAUUCGUGGGAAGAACGAGUAAAACGUGCACGGUAUCUAUUGAAGAAUGUUUUUGAAAGGAAUCGUGAGGCAUUUUGACAGGCAAUUUCGUGAGUUUGUGUAAAGUGAAAUUUCGUUCAUGAAAAGAAGGGGAACGGUGAACGCUAUGUAUUGACGAAGUAAGGUAUUAUAUGCAUGAGUGGUCGUUUCGAAUGUAUGUUCAAGAAGAGAGGGUUAUUUCCAAAACAGGUGAUUUUUUUUAAGAAUGUUAAAGUUGAAAAAAAAAUUUAAAAAUGUUAAAGUUGAAAAGAUAUAGUUUAGAUUGAAAAAGCGAGUUGAAAUAAAUGUGGUAAUGGAGGUAAGGUAAUUACUAAUUCCCUCUAAUACUCUAUGCAAUUCAGCAAUUGAAGAAUUUGUUCAUUGACACUUUACAAAUGUACGUAUUAAAUGGUAUUUUCUUUCUUAGGAAUGAGACAGAGUUGUUAUUAAGUGGUAAACGUUUUUUUGAAUAACCACCAAUAUCAGGUAAAUAUAUUUGCAUAUGCCGGAGGGCAUCGGGAAGUUGAGCGCUCAGAAUUGUAGUAUCAAGACCACUGAACAUAUUGGCUGAGCCAUGGUUGCAGAAGUUAGGGAGCCAUAGAACUCCAUAUAUUCAAAAUGUGCGCCUCAAAAUUAGUUGAAAUAAGAAUUCUGGAGUUACAGACCAAGGCAUGGAGUUAGUGGCUGUACCUUUGCUCCAUUUGAAGAUUGACUACCUCCACAAAACAAAAUCUACGCGCAUGGGUUGAGCUAACCGUAUAUUGGCAGAGUUUCUCAGAAAUCAAACACCAUAGAUGUUUGUCUCACAGCCUGUCGAGGUCAAGUUCGUAGGAGAAACCAUACGAGAGUGUUGUGGAGCAAACGGCCUCAUGAGAUUGUUACCUCAGGCAAGUGCGGCAGACUUAAGCAGCCAUUCUUAUGCGCUCUUAUGUUAUAUUAACUGGGUCAUAAUACAUUAAAACAACAAAUAACAACAGCUGUGUGUUGGUGUUAUCGUUCAUAUUUUUGUACAUAAAAUUAGAUGGCAUGAGCCAUACAUAAUGCAUUAUAACUAAAUCUCUCGUACAUCGAUUUCAACCGAUGUUGCUAAAUAAAUACAGCUACAAAUCCAUUAUUUUGGGCAUAUAAAAAUAAAUCAAAUUUUGGCUUCGGCCGGUCUCUCGUAAGAGGCCAUCAUUGUCUUGAUUUUUCCAACAGCGUCUCCAGGAUUUAAACCCUAAACGAAGAAAUGUAUCCGUUAUCUAUCCUUGUGAGUUCAAUGCGUAAAUACUUGAAAUGAUAUACCUUGGGGCACGUCAUGGUGCAGUUCAUGAUAGUAUGACAGGGGUACACACUAUGAUGAUUAUCAAGCAUCGCCAAUCUUUCAUUUUGAUAGUGAUCCUAAGGAAGAC